AUGAGCACCAACGAUAACAUUCCGGAGCCAGAGAAUCCAAAGGAGGUCCGAGAACUUGAUAAGGAACUGGACGCCUUGUCAGUUUCAUGCUUUUGUGAUCAACCUCCUCAUGUACCGAGUAGACUUUUUGAUAGUCCCACAAAAGUCAGCCCACCUCGGAUGAUUGAUAAUGGAGCAGCUGAUAUGCCUCAAUUUGAUUUUCAAGCCUAUACACAACCAAGAACCACACGAACAGAAGGAAUCCUCCGGCUGGAAAUACCAAACUUUGCCAGUUUGAAAUCAAAAAUUAGUACCCCUUUCCAAUAUAUUGGAAGUUUGCCCUGGAGGCUCGCCGCAAAAACCGAAAAAUCGAAACGAACCUCCGACGCCAAAUUCUUCUCUGUGUACAUCGACUGUAAUCCAGAUUCUGAAUCCACUCUCUGGUCGUGUGAUGCCGUUGUGGAGUUCCGUCUAGUCUCUCGUAAUCGAGCCAUUCCUGCAUUCUCUCGUCAAUUCACAAACAAAUUCAACUAUAAUUCGAAUAAUUGGGGUUUUCCCUCUUUCAUGGCCUGGGAGGAGGUGAAUAAUGCGAAUUUCGUGCGGAACGAGUCGGUGACUGUCACCGCACGCGUUGUUGUACAAAAAGUGUUGGGUGUCAGGAACACACCAAAAUAUGAUUUCAGUCAAAUGCAGAUGAAUGUUUGUGAUAUGACACUGAUUAUCAAUAAGCAAAAGUUGUUUGUCAAUAAGGCGUACCUUGCUCUCUACUCACCUGUCUUCUAUGCAAUGUUCUUCUCCAAUUUCCAAGAACGAGAGAAGACUCAAAUCGAACUAGAAGACGUCGUUCUCGAGGAAUUUCGAGAACUUUUAAAUAUCAUCUAUCCGUGUCACAAACCAGUGACAGCUGACAACGUUGAAUAUCUUCUGGAGUUAGGAGAUAAAUAUGAGAUACAGUAUGUCAUGGAUGAGUGCGAGCGGUUUUUGAUGGGCAAUGAGGAUAUUGAGGCAAUUGUGAAGUUUAUGUGGGCGGAUCAGUAUUUGUUGGCAAAGUUACAGGAUAGCUGUCUACGAAACAUCACAAGUGUCGCUCAAGUAAAAGACAUCCGUACCAAAAAGAAUUCAAGAAUAUUAGCGAUACCACCAAGGCAGCGCUUCUGGAUAAGAUUCUCAAAAUCAUAA